AUGAGGUCGAGGGGGCUUGCAUCAAGUCUGCGCCAUGCGUCGACCGCCGUCUCUCGUGCCGCUUCCCCGCGGACAAGGCCCUUCUCCAGCAAUGCGCCACCUCCAGCCCUCCGUGAACAAGCUCCCGGCCGCAAUAGCGCGCCCUCGAACCCCGCCAUUGAGUUCCCUUGCCUCGAUGUUCUCGAAACACGAUCGGCAACGUUGCAGAAGCAAGUCUUCGCACGUUCCGACGAGAGCGGCCCCGAGCCGUCCUACACGGUCGGCGCGACCCAGAUCUACCACUGCCGCGAGCCGCUCAUCCUCGAUCACGGCGGCCGCCUCCAAGAGUUCGACAUCGCCUACGAGACGUGGGGCCAGAUGAACCCGGACCGCUCCAACGUGAUUCUGCUGCACACCGGCCUGUCCGCCUCGUCCCACGCCCACUCGACCCCCGAUAACCCGCAGCCGGGCUGGUGGGAGAAGUUCAUCGGCCCCGGUCUGGCGCUCGACACCGACAAAUACUUUGUCAUCUGCACCAACGUCAUCGGCGGGUGCUACGGCUCGACGGGACCGUCGAGCAUCGACCCGUCCGACGGCAAGCGCUACGCGACGCGUUUCCCGAUCCUGACCAUCCAGGACAUGGUGCGCGCCCAGUUCCGCCUGCUCGACCACCUCGGCGUGUCCAAGCUGUACGCCAGCGUCGGCUCCAGCAUGGGCGGCAUGCAGUCGCUCGCCGCGGGCGUCGAGUUCCCCUCGCGCGUUGGCCGCAUCGUCUCCAUCAGCGCCUGCGCGCGCAGCCACCCCUACAGCAUCGCCAUGCGCUACGUGCAGCGCCGCGCCAUCGUCAACGACCCCAAUUGGAACCGCGGCUUCUACUACGGCCGCGUGCCGCCCCACGUCGGCAUGAAGCUCGCGCGCGAGAUCGCCACCAUCACCUACCGGUCCGGCCCCGAAUGGGAGCAGCGCUUCGGCCGCCGCCGCGCCGACCCUUCCCAGCCGCCCGCCCUCUGCCCGGACUUCCUCGUCGAGACCUACCUCGACCACGCCGGCGAGAAGUUCUGCCUGACCUACGACCCCAACAGCCUCAUCUACGUCAGCAAGGCCAUGGACCUGUUUGACCUCGGCGCCGCGAACCAGGCCCGCACCGCCGCCCGCCGCGCCGCCCGCCUCUCCGGCGCCGCCCUCUCCUCCUCCUCCUCCUCCUCCGACCCUAUCUGCAACCUCACUUUACCCGACAAGCCCUACGAGGAGCAGCCCGAAUCAACCCUGCCGAGCGACCCGGACGCCGAGCUCCUCGCCCCACCACCACCAUCACAACUACCACAGCAACAACGCCAACCACAACCGCAACAGCCGCCCGCGGACCUCGUCGCCGGCCUGGCCGGCCUGCGCGAGCACCCGGUCCUGGUCAUGGGCGUGGCCAGCGACAUCCUCUUCCCGGCGUGGCAGCAGCGCGAGGUGGCGGAGGCGCUGCGGCGGGCGGCGGCGGCCGCCGGCGUCGAACCCCGCGUCGAGCACCACGAGCUGAGCGAGGAGCAGAGCCUGUUCGGGCACGACACCUUCCUGCUUGACGUGGAGAACGUCGGCGGGGCCGUGAGGCGGUUUCUGGGGUAG